GAUUGCUCAUGCUCUGGUUCAGGUCAUAAUUACGAUCUGCGGAUGGAUGGUGUGUGAAUGUGUCCUCAUUGUAAAAUGGUAUCUGGCGUCUGUAUGUUGUCUCCAGAUCAUAAUGAGUGAUCUUUCUCAGACCAUUGCCGAUAAGCCAUUGUACAGUCCUAGUGCGAUGUAAAUAAAAGUACCGUAUUUUAUUGACUUUGAUACACAAACCUGUGAUCUCUCUGUUCAAAAUCUAAUUUUCUGGACCCGCUGAAAUUUAUGUAUUCAAAACUACAACUUUCAUUGUUCUUGAGUAUAUAAGUUUUCCUAAAUGCUGCGGAUUUUGCGUUUGUAGUUUUAUUGUGCUUGAAAGUGUCAAUUCUCGGAAGUAUGGUUAGAUACUAUGAACCGAUCAAGCUCGCCUACCGAGUGUUUGAAGCGGCCGGAGGAAGCAGUAAGGCACUGACUCCAGUCAUCUUCAUGCACGAUAUUUAUAAUUGCAAGGAAGUCUGGCAUAGCAUCCCUCAACUUGUAGCAGACAGAACUAAAAGAAUGGUUUUUGCUUACGACGCAAGGAACCACGGCGAGAGCGAAUACACAAGCGAAUCAGAUUUUAAUCUCAAUGUUCCUGAUCUCUACACGUUUAUGAGUCGAAUGCAGAUUGAAAGUUCCAUUUUGGUUGGCCACUGCUUUGGAGGAAUGACUGCCAUUAGUGCUGCUCUUGAAGAGCCUAAAAAAGUAGAAAAGGCCUUUGUUUUGGACAUGUCUGUUACCAUUCCAAGAUACGUAAUAGAGAGUAAGAUUUCAGAAUUUAGCGUGUGGCCUGAAAAGUUCGAUAAACUCUUCAAGAUCACAAAGAAUCCAGAAAAAUUUAUGGAGCUUCUCUUUGACAGCAUGGCUCCAGUUUUAUUCGGGAAGUUGGCUGAAAAUCCAGAAUUCACUAAAGCAAAAAAAGACUAUUUGAUAUCACAUCUAUGCAAAAAGUUGCCAGAUGGAACAUAUGGAUUGAACUUCAAUUACAGGACUCUUCAGGACGCCUUGAAAAUAUACCAUAGAAAUCCCGUUAUAAACUGCGGCAUGUAUCAUGGACCAGCCUAUUUUAUGUUUGGUACCUAUGCCUUAUUUAAAGCGGAGGCUGAGGAAGUUGAAAUCAAGAAGCAUUUUCCUAGAGCAGAAGUGGAAGAGGUUAGAGCAGCCACAAGUAACUUCUUCACGGAUAAUCCAAAGGCGUUUGCUGAUUACCUUAUUAGGAAUAUGUAACAAUGUAGCUCAACAAGCAUUCAGAAUUUUUUAGUCUUAGAUGAAGUGUUGACUAAUUGUAAAUUCUAACAAAUAAAACUUAGUGAAAAUAUUAA